GCCUUGGUUAUCUUUUAUUUCUAUGUUAGUCUUGGUUUACUAGAUUUGUUUACAGAUCCUACGUCUAUCGCAGUAUUUUCGCACCCGGUCCUUGCCAUAUAUUUUGUACUAUAAAAAUAGUUUCCGCUUCCGGCUUAUACAGCCUUAAAAACUGAAGGCAGCAUAUCAAUCGAGAAUCGUAUCAUUCAGUACUUAUCUAACUUUCUUUUUCUUGUUCUUUUUACUCGGCUGACAAACAAGACUAUAUGCAGUAAUUAUGAUACCUGGAUUUGUCAAGGUCUUUGCCUUUAGUUGCUUUGUAAUUGAAUUAGCUCUCCUGGCUCAAAGCCUAGCAAACUUGGCACCGAACGGAGCAAAUGUCUGCUCGAAGACUGUAAGACAAACCUACGCACAGUCAUAUCAAGUCUCAUACAGAUACAAGUCAAAUUAUAAAUGUGGAAUAUGGAAUUGGGGUAGAUGCACUCGAUACAGGACUGCUUACAGGGCGGGCUAUCGAACAGCUAUAGGAACAGCAUAUCGAAUACAAUACCAAUGCUGUAAGGGAUGGAGUCAAGUGGGAGAUCAGUGUACCAAAGCUAUUUGUACUCAACCUUGUGUGAAUGGCACGUGCACCAAACCAGACUACUGCUCUUGUAACUCAGGUUACAAUGGAAAAUUCUGCGAAAGAGACUGUCCUUCACAUAAAUGGGGACCACACUGCAGACAUUACUGUCUCUGUCAAAAUAACGCUAAAUGCUCUCCUCACUAUGGUGUCUGUACGUGUACCCCAGGGUGGGAGGGACAAUACUGUAACAAGACAUGUGACCAUGGUUACUAUGGCAAAAGCUGCCAGAACAACUGUACUUGUCCUAAUGGAGGCACAUGUGAUCCUGUCAGUGGAUACUGCGCAUGCGCAGCUGGAUAUCGUGGACAGCGCUGUGAAUUACAAUGUUCUCGUGGUUGGUAUGGACAUUAUUGUGCAGUGAAGUGCGCAUGUCUGAACGGAGCUUCGUGUGAUCACGUGAACGGCACGUGUAACUGUACGGCAGGAUGGACGGGAGACAUUUGUAACCAAAAAUGUCCCAAAGAAACGUAUGGAUACCGCUGUACACAAACAUGUAUAAACUGUGAGCAUGGUGCAAUCUGUGAUCACGUGACUGGUGUGUGUGACUGCAGGCCUGGUUACAGAGGAAAGAGGUGUGAAAAUGUUUGUCAAGAAGGAACAUUUGGUCAAGGAUGUCAAGGAAUCUGCGCAUGUCACAGCAAUGCCACAUGCUCUCUUGUUAAUGGCUCGUGUAUCUGCACCUCUGAAUAUACUGGCAAGCAUUGCGAGGAUCAUAUUGAUAUUAACCUACAAGUCAGUACUGAUCACGAAAAGCACGCUGGUACCGAUACCUCUAAUCCACUUAUUCCCAGCCUUGCUGGGGGUCUUGCAGUUGUAUUGAUUAUUGUCUUGAUAGUUUUGGCGUAUACCUUCUAUCGAAAGAAAAACAAACCCCAUAGACCCGAAACUACGAAGCCAAACGAGCCCAUUUAUGCCUCGGUUAACGGACCACGAACUUGUUCGGGUCACGAAGAAACGACGGAAAUCACCGACGCAACUACGGAAACCAAUGUCGACCAAGAAACAGAGGCCCGUCAUGUUUAUCAAAGUCCCACUGCUAGACCGAUAGCUGUCAAUGUUAAUGACGGUAAUGUUGCUAUGGAAACGCACUACAUGGAUCUUAACAACCAGAGGAGCUUAGAAUCCAACACUUACCAGUCUCUUAGCAGUCAGACGAUGAAGAAAAAUCAGUUGAAAGUAGUUGUUUAUGAUGUUCCUGUUGCGAAGAAGAAAAUCAAUGCAUAUGAAGAAGUUACACUUAAUAAAAACAUGAGCGACGAGAGCCAUUAUUACAAAGGACUUGAGAGGCCAUCCACAAGUCGAGCAGAUGACGUCAAUGCCGUUGAUAUGGAAACUGAAACCGCUGACCAAAGUAAAGGCGGUGCGGGGGACAGAAAAUUCAUGAAGCGGAAAAAUUGUGACGAGGACGAAUCUGGAUAUGCAACCCCUAAGUAAGAAGAAAAUUUGGAACUACAAGAUCGUUAGGAACUAUUGUUAGGAAAAUAUAUAUGUUUUUAAUUUUUUAAUUAUACAAAGACUACGAAAUCAUGUGGUUGGUUUUCCGGAUAAUGACGUCAUGACGAUAAGUCAUGUCAUAAGAGAUUUAGCCAUGUUAGAAAAAAGUUAUCAGAAUCAUGAAGAAAUUGUGGCUUUUCUGACUUGAAUGAACGUGUAGAUAUGUCAACAAUUUUCCACUUAAAUAUUUCAACUUUUUUUUUUAUUUGUCACAAACUUUGAUUUACAUGAACACUUUUUUUGAUCUUGGAGCAUCUUCAAUGCAUGUUCAAAACUGGGGCCAUCUAAAAAAAAAUAUGCAUUCUCUUUCAUCUAGCUUUCAUACCAAAUGGAAAUAUAGAAAUAUAAAAGACCCUGUUCAAAAAGAUAUUUUGGAUGCGAGGCAGGACAAUAUACAAAAAAAGAUUAGUGCACUUAAUCUUUUCUACUGAAUUUGCGUCAUUUUUAUUUCUCGUUAGCUUUGAAUACGAGAUAUGUUUUGAAAGGGGUUUAUUUUUUUAGUUGUGAUGCAUGCAUUCUGACAAGUUAUGUCGAUGUUAAUACCUUGGCUUUUUUGUUUUGUUUUGUUUUGUUUUGUUUUUUUUUUUGUUGUUGUUUUUUUAACUUGGAGCAUCUUCGAUGCAUGUCCAAAAAACACAUACUUUUGUGUCCUCUUUCAUCUAGCUUUUAUACCAAAUGGAAAUAUCGAAAACCCUUUUCAAAAAGAUAUCUAGGAUGCCAUACUAAUAGGAAAAUAGAACAGAAAUUUUACGCUUAAUUUUUUGAUGGAAUUUGUUCAGUUACUAUUUCUUUUCUCGUUAGCUUUGCAUACUAGAUAAUUCAGAAAAUGGUUUAUUUUUUAACCGUUGUGAUGCAGUUCUAGCAAGGCCUCCGAGGACGGAAAGUUUAGAUCUAGCUAUUUCCAAGAAAGGAGGUUGUCGGAGCGAAAAGAGAUAAAAACGUUGAAAUGAA